CCUCCUUCCCCGCGACGUCCCAAUCUCGACGUGCGGAUUCCGUGCUUUGUAUUCGUCUCCCUCUCUUUCACUUGGUUGGGUAGAGUAAACGUGACGGCAAUUUUGAUGGGAACACUGCUGUCACUCGAUUUGGAUCGGCAAGCGGCGUCCCGGGGGCGGAAAAAGGUUCGGGCUUUUAGGGCAAUGUGAAGGGCGGAGGAGCUCUGAGGUCGCCCGCCAUGGAUCCCCCUUUCUCCGGUCCUGAAACAUUUUGGGGUUCUGUGAUAGAUGGAGUAUCUUCCACUUCCACACAAGACUUCAAGUUUAAGCCAUGCAUUUCCAUGCUUCCAUCAAAUAGAUAAUGGUUUUAUAAGUUGAGCAUUUGCUUGCAUCAAAUAGUGCAUUUAUUUCACUCAUGCACUCGAGCAGGAUUGUACUGUUAUUAUCUUCAAAUUACCUUUAAUUUUCUUCAACAAGUUCAUUUUGACCAGAGGUUUCUGCUUCGGUGGUAUGAUCCUCUGCCUGUUGUACUACAGUUCUACAGUACUAAGGAAAAAAAAUUGCAGUCAAUAGUUAGUCAGGGAAUUCUACAGUAGUGAUUUGCACUUGACCCAUCUAAAUGUAGCAAGUUGAGCAUAGAGGAGAAGAGAGAUCUCGUCCGCGAAUUGUCAAAAUGGCCUGAGAGUGCCUCUGAGAAGCUGCAGACAUGGAGCCGGCAUGAGCUUUUGGAGAUCCUGUGCACAGAGAUAGGAAAGGAGAGGAAGUAUACCAGCUUAACAAAACAGAAAAUGAUCGAAUUCCUUUUCAGAGUUGUCUCUGAUAAAAGAUCUGAAGAACCUGCAAAGGACGGGGAUUUUGCUAACGUUCCAUCUACACUUGGUCCUCAAACUCCAGCAGCUAAGAGACACAGAAAGAACGAGCAUCCAUCGCGUUUAGCCUUCAUCAUGAACAACCGCCUUCGGUCAAGUGACGCCGAACAAGUUCCAGAAAACACAAGACACUGCCUGAAUUCAGCCUGCAGGGCUAUUCUUAACAUGGAAGACGCGUUCUGUAAGCGUUGCUCGUGUUGUAUCUGUCGCGAGUAUGAUGACAACAAGGAUCCUAGCCUUUGGUUGUUUUGUGGCUCAGAGACUCCUCCCCGAGCUGAAUCUUGUGGCCUAUCUUGUCAUCUUGAGUGUGCUCUUAAGCAUGAACGAGCAGGUAUCAUGAAGAGUGGGCAGUGUACAAGAUUGGACGGGAGCUAUUACUGUACAAACUGUGGAAAAGCUAAUGACUUGCUCGGAUGCUGGAAAAAGCAGCUCAUGAUUGCCAAGGAUGCGCGUCGGGUCGAUGUUUUGUGUUACCGGAUUUCUCUUAGUCAUAAACUUCUCGGAGCAACAGAGAAGUACCAAAGUUUGCACGAGAUGGUUGACAUGGCACGAAACAAACUGGAGGCUGAGGUUGGGCCUAUCGAUGAUUCAUCAAACAUGGCACGUGGAAUUGUCAACCGGCUUUCCGUUGCCGCUGAAGUCCAGAAACUUUGUGCCCUUGCAGUAGACUUACUAGAUUCGAUGCACUCUAGUUCCUCAUCAGCUAAUGCUAUAGUUCAACAAGCCGGUUCGGUAUUCUCAAGCUUUAUCAAAUUUGAACGGAUAUCGUCAACAUCUGUUACUGUGGUUUUGGAAUUAGAGAAUAACACACCAUUAGGUCAAGAACUAGCUGGUUUCAAUUUGUGGCACCGAAAGGCUGCCAUCUCAGAAUACCCUGACAAACCAUCAUUUUCUCUAUUGAAUCCAGAGAAAAGGUUGGAAAUAGCAGAACUUUCUCCAGCUACAGAUUAUAUGUUUAAGGUAGUAGCUUUUAGCAAUACCAGGGAUCUCGAUACAUGGGAAGUUGGAGUUAAAACUGAAGGUAUCGCACUGGAGAACUCUAUCAACUUGUCAUCGGAGAUGACUGCAUCAAAACCACACGGUCAAAGCCCAAAAACAAACGGUAGCGGAUCGUCUAAUCCUUCAGAGGGAGACGAAUAUAAUGCAAACACUACCGCAUGUGCUGACUUGAAUAAGCUGCCCAAAAUUGAUUUUGAUGACUGUGAGAAGCCUGAGAUCCUCGAGACAGAAAAAUCAUCAGGUCAUGGCCACCAAAUGAGCAAGGGAUGCAUCGGUGGAGCCAGAGUUCUUCAGCCAGAGGAGUCACUAGGGCACUCUGAUUCUGCAUUAGAUGAGGAACCAAACUCAACUGUUCUGAUAGAUUCCACUGACUUCUUGGAGAAUAACCAGGCAUCCGACGUCCAGAAAUCAGAGAAUGAAUCUAACACUCGGGCUGUUGUCAGCGAUAUGGUGAUUCUCCCUGCCACCCCAUGCGGGGUGGAAACAGGAACACAAAGCCUUGAGAGGUGCAGCAAAGGGAAAUCUGGUGUUGAAAUAUAUGAGAAUGGCUCGACGAAGGCAGAUCAGGAACCAGGGAGUUCAUCCGAGAAAAGAGGUGCAGGGAAAACUGAAGGCAUCAACGUUAAGGACAGGUCAUUGGAAGGGACAUACGAGUACUGCGUGAAGGUGAUCAGAUGGUUGGAAUGCCAAGGGCACAUCGAAACCAACUUCAGGGUGAAGUUCUUAACUUGGUUCAGCUUACGGGCAACCCUACAGGAGAGAAGAAUUGUUAGCGUUUACAUCAACACUUUGAUCGAUGAUCCUGCAAGCCUCGCAGGGCAGUUGGUGGACACCUUCUCGGAAGCCAUCUGCAGCAAGAGGCCACCCACGACACCGACUGGCUUCUGCACAAAGCUUCAGCAUUGAGACAAUUGUUAGAUGCAGAUCAUUGCAUUAAUUUAAUUAUUCGACAAAUAUGAGUAUUCGUGGAUCAGCAGUUUCAGGUCCAUUCAUAUUGUUGCCCAUUGACAAUCACACUUUAUAUGCACUCAGGACUAGUCUUCAUUAAGAGGA